AUGAUGGAUUCUCUGCGAAAUCGGUUUCAAGUGAACGCAAAAUAUGCGGAAGCCUAUUUCAAAUUUAUGAGGGAAUAUGAAGACCUCCAGCAUAUGAAAUUAAUAACCGAUGUAAAUGAAGAACUUUUACCUCCCAAUUUUUAUCUUCCUCAUCAUGGAGUGUGGAGGGAGAGUAGUACAACUACGAAACUACGAGUCGUGUUCAAUGGAUCAAGUCGUACAACAUCCGGAAUUUCUCUAAAUGAGAUAUUGCAUACAGGCCCAAAGCUUCAAGUGGAUUUAUUCAACGUUCUUAUUUGGUUUCGGCAAUUCCAAUACGUCUUUUCUGCUGAUAUAGAAAAGAUGUAUAGGCAAAUCCAAGUACACCCCGACGAUUGGAGAUUUCAACGCAUCCGAUGGUCGAAUUCAGACAAGGAUGUCAACUCUUUUGAGCUCACCACUGUUACUUAUGGAUUGGCUUGCGCGCCUUAUUUAGCGCUUCGUACCAUUACUCAGCUUAUUGAAGAUGAGGGAACCAAUUUUCCAUCAGCAGUUCCUUGCCUAAAACACGGACGAUAUAUCGACGACAUUUUCGGAGGAGCAGAAUCAAUUGGUGAGGUCCAUGAAAUCAUCAAUCAACUUAACCAGUUGUGCAAGGCGGGCGGCUUCCCGCUACAAAAGUGGUCUAGUAAUCACGCUCAUGUACUCCAUCAUCUACCACCAGAACGGUUGAGAAAUCCGGAUCCAAUACCUUUUGAUUUGGACUCCUGUGUAGCAGUACUUGGUCUACAGUGGAAGCCUACUGCCGACUACUUUCAAUUUAGUCUAGAUCGACCUUCUACGGCCACUAUCACCAAACGAACGAUAUUAUCCACGAUUGCUAAGCUCUUCGAUCCGCUUGGACUACUCUCACCUGUAAUCAUCAAAGCCAAAAUACUUAUUCAAGAAUUGUGGAUCAACAAACUCGAUUGGGAUGCGUUGUUACCAAGCACUUUGGCAAAUCAGUGGAUAACUUUCGUUGAGGAAUUAGAAGACCUCAAAUUCAUCAAUAUUCCUCGUUGGCUUGGCAUCAAAUCGGAUAAUCAAGUUCAAUUACACGGAUUUUGCGAUGCAUCUAAUCAAGCUUUCGCAGCAGUAAUCUACCUCCGAACCGUGAACCUUGAAGACCAGAUUAACGUUUGCCUAAUUGCCACUAAAACGAAGGUAGCGCCUUUGAAGCGUCUUACCAUUCCCAGAUUAGAACUAUCAGGAGCAGUACUUCUCACCAAACUAACCACGCACGUCCGUGAUGUUCUCAACUUGAAGGACGUUCCUAUUUACUUGUGGACGGACUCAUCCAUCACUCUAACCUGGAUUCAGAACCAUCCAUCCCGAUGGAAAGAUUUUAUUCAAAAUCGUGUAGUUCAAAUACAAGAAACACUACCUCAAGCUAAGUGGAAAUUCGUUCCCGGCAAGGAGAACCCAGCUGAUUUCGCCACCAGAGGUUUGUCGCCAUCAAAACUCGCGUCCCAAACCAUCUGGUGGAAAGGACCAUGUUGGCUUUCACAAUCGAUUGAUUGUUGGCCAGAUUGCUUCCCUUCAACUGCUACCUCGGAUAAUCUUGAAGAAAGACCCACCAAAGUUUAUUCACUCAUAACCAUUGAACCGCAACCCCCAUGGGAUUUGUUAACAAGAUAUUCCAAUCUCAAUAAGCUCUUACGCAUUACGGCUGUGUGUCAGAGAGCAGUUGAACGAUUUAAACGGAUCAAAAUUAGUCCAAGAGAACUCCUCAGCACGACUGAAUUAGAGUCCGCUAAACUCUAUUGGAUCAACAGCAUUCAACGGCAACACUUCGCUCAUGAAAUCAAGCUUUUAUCACGAGGAGAGUUCCUUCCUAAGUCGAACCCACUCACCAAAUUGACUUCAUACAUUGACGCAUCCGGGCUCUUAAGAACGGGUGGUCGGCUUCAGAAUUCAACGUUACCUCCAGAAAGGAAACAUCUUCUAAUCCUCCCAAAGCAAUCGCCAUUAACGGAGCUCAUUAUCCAAGAUGCUCAUCUGAGAACUUGCCACGGAGGUACACAAGUAACGUUAACCCUCCUGCGAGAUUCUUACUGGAUCAUUGGAGGUCGGUUGCCGAUAAAAAAUUUUAUCCUGCGUUGCGUCAUUUGCACAAGAUACAGACAAAAGAGAGCGCAACAGCUCAUGGGACAGCUUCCGCCUGAACGAGUAACACCGACUUCACGCCCAUUCAUCAACACCGGAAUUGACUACGCUGGCCCCCUUCUCAUCAAGACCUGGAGAGGAAAAAAUGCGCGGCAGUACAAAGCUUACAUUGCCGUAUUCGUUUGUUUUGCCACAUCAGCAACACACCUCGAACUUGUUUCAGAUUAUUCCGCUGACGCCUUUAUAGCAGCAUAUAAAAGGUUUACUGCUCGACGAGGAAUCUGCGUUAACUUGUUCAGUGAUUGCGGUACUAAUUUGAUAGGAGCUGACACGGAGCUAAAGAAAUUACUCUCUGAAGCAUCUCAAGAACAUAAACAAUUGGCCUCCCUACUCACCCAAGACGGAACACAAUGGAAUUUCAACCCGCCUAGUGCUCCUCACUUUGGCGGCAAGUGGGAAGCAGCCGUGAAAUCGGUUAAGUUCCACUUAAAGAGAGUCCUUGGUAAUCACUUGCUUACCUUCGAGGAAAUGACAACACUUUUAACUCAGAUCGAAGCGGUUCUGAACUCAAGACCUUUGUCUCCUCUUUCUGACGAUCCAGAAGACUUAGCCGCAUUAACACCUGGACAUUUCAUCCUAGGACACGCACCUACAGUUCUACCAGAGCCUUCGCUUGAACACAUUAAUUUGUCACGCCUAUCCAGAUGGCAAUUGUUACGACAAAUGCUGGAAAGUUUCUGGUCCCGAUGGUCUAAAGAAUGUCUUCAACGGUUUCACGACACCUCUAAAUGGAGUCAUCCGACACCCUCUUUGAAGAACGGAGAUAUGGUACUAGUAGUCGACGAAAGGUAUCCACCUUCCAAAUGGCCUCUAGGUCGGAUCGUUGACACACAUCCCGGAAAAGACGGCCUUACUCGAGUAGUCACGGUAAAGACUCAAACUACCAUGUUGAAACGACCCGUCGUCAAACUCUGCCCAUUGCCCAUACACCAAGAUCCUUUGUUGGUUCGUUAA